AUGGAUGCUGGCAACAAUAGAAUUCAAAGAUGGUGGCCUGGAUCUACAUAUGGUGUUACAGUGGCUGCAGCAACAUUAUCCAAUCCGAGACGAAUGGCAUUCGAUCCAUCUGGCAACUUAGUUGUUACCGAUUAUUCUAAUCAUCGUGUCGUAUUAUUUUCUGUUUACUGUCCGGCCACAAGUACUAGCACCAUUUCGCCACCUAGUAAGUUCAAAAAAAAUUAG